AUGCAAUCAAGGGAAAAGACACAGAUGCAGCGUGCCGUCUCUGCUGUUAGGCAGCACAAAAUGAAAAUUAGGGUCGCUGCACGGGAAUUCAAUGUUCCACGUAGUACAUUAUCAGAUCAUGUACAUGGGCGUGUUGGCGAGACACGCCCAGGCCCAGUGAGCCUAUUAAACGAUGAGGAAGAGGGGGCUCUUGUGUCAGAGAAUGGGCCGUCAGACGAAUGGUUCCGAAAAUUGUUUGCGCGCCACCCGGAACUUCAGGAACGGACGCCCGAGAAUUUGGAUCCGGCACGUUCCUCAAUGUCGAGGGAGGAUGUCAUAUACCCAUUCUUUGACUUUCUGGACAAAACCCUCACACAGUAUGGUGUAAAAGAUAAACCGUCACAAAUAUCCAACUGUGACGAGACCGGUUGGUCGGGAAAAGAAAAAGCCAAAGAGAAAGUUAUUACUGGAAAAAGGGAGCACACCAUCAGCCGGAAAGUUAUGGGCGGUGGAGGAAACCAUAUAACCGCGCACCUUUGCGUUUGUGCAGAUUGGCGGUUUCUCCCUACAAUGAUUAUUUUCAAGGGUUCAUUGCCACACACGCGUUUUACCGACGGCGUGCCAGACACAUGGCUCUAUGGGAGCAGCUCGACGGGGUAUAUCGACCAUGAGUUGUUUCAAACAUGGUUCAUGAAAGGAUUUCUGCCCCACUGUGGGCGAGCAAGGCCGGUUGUCUUGAUCAUGGACAAUCAUGACGCACACAUUUCCCUACCAGUUAUUCAGGCGGCCAGGGCGAACGAUGUUGUGCUGAUCGGGUUUCCAGGCCAUACCACGCACAUCUUGCAGCCGUUGGAUGUGAAGAUAAUUGGCCCGUUAAAGACAAACAUGGCAUCACUUGCGUCUGAUCUGGGAAUUGUUUGCCCGUCCUUGACUAUAGGGAAAUCCAAAUACCCUGUUUUACUGAAGUAUGCGAUGGACCGCAUCACACCGUCUACCAUCAUAGGGGCUUUUGUCAAAGCUGGUAUCGUCCCACUAGACAGGGGAGCCAUAGACGAGUCCCAGCUUAUACCGGCGAUGUUUCCCGCUGUGCAAAAUAUUAAUGAUGACAACUCGGCCCAGACAUGUAAAGAAUGUGGACGUUUCACGGUUAACCCUCUUGUCAAGGCCGGUCUAGUGCCUGAGUCACUUGCUGACAUUUUAGUUCCACCAGCGUCAAAACCUGCAGCUCAACGAAAUAAAAGAAGAAUAGUUAUCGAGGGACGAGUAAUAAGUGGUGACGAAAUACUGAAGGAGUUAAUGGAACGAGAGAAAGCUUCCGCCGAGAAAGACCGUCGAGAUGCGCAGCGAGCUUUGGAAGCCGACGAAAGGAAAAGAAUGAAAGAGCAGGGAGAAAUUGAAAAGAUUAAGAGAAAAGAGGAACGUGUUGAAAAGCGAUUGGCCAGGGAACAGGAACAGAAGAAAAAAGCGGACGAGAAAAUGGAUAGAGGGAAACUUGCUAACAAGAAGUUUACGUGUGGAGUCUGUUGUAUGAGAGGGAGGGUGUUGGAUGAGAGCAAGGGCAUUGUGUGGUUCGGGUGUGAUGAGAAAGUGUGUGGCAAAUGGUACCAUUUUGAAUGUUUGCAUCGUAGCGAGCAAGAAUACUUACGAGAGAGUAUGGAAGAGGGAGAAAGCUGGUAUUGUAAGGCAUGUAAGCCAUGGCUGUAUUGUGAAGAGUGAAUGGCUGUGUCCCUUGUGUUUCUCGUGCACGAGAUUCAUGUAAGCUGUUUUUGACGUUUGUGAUGUAUUGAUUAUUAUAAAACCUUAUGUAUUGAAUGAAACACGUUUUUGGUAUUAAAUAAUCAUCAUAUUAUAAAUAAUACCAAUGCAAUGAUAA